GCAGCGGUGCAGUGUGGGAUCGGCGCUGGUCCUCCGGCUGGAAGCCGGAGCCGGGAGCGGUGCAGUGUGGGAUAGGCGCUGGUCCUCCGGCUGAGUGCCGGAGCCGGGAACGGGAACGUCGGCGCCGGGUCACCGCCCGACCCUGCAGAGACAACGUGUGGUGAUGGCUGAGAAUGGAUGAUGAUGACCCGACCAUCAAGCCUCGUCGGAUUGAGAACCAGAAUGUGGUUUACCGGCUGGAGCGGCGGCGCAUGCACUCGGGCAGGCCAGGUGCCCACUGGUACAUGGUGCGAUGCUUGCACCAGAACGUCUUCCCCAACUUCACCGUGGUCAACGUGGAAAAGCCCCCCUGCUUCCUGCGCAAGUUCUCCCCUGAUGGACGCUACUUCAUUGCCUUCUCCCUGGACCAGACCUCGCUGGAGAUCUACGAGUACCAGGGCUGCCAGGCUGCCGAGGACCUCCUGCAGGGGCACGAUGGGGAGAUCAUGCUGAACGGCAGCGGCGACCUGCAGUCGGUCAACGUCCGCGGCAAGCUCUUCGAGCGCUUCUUCGUGCUGCUGCACGUCACCAGCGUGGCGUCGAACGGGGAGCACCUAAACCGCGAGUGCAGUCUGUUCACCGACGACUGCCGGUACGUCAUCGUUGGAUCGGCCGCCUACCUCCCUGAGGAGCCCCAUCCUCUCUUCUUCGAGGUUUAUCGAAACAAUGAGUCGGUCACGCCGAACCCUCGCUCUCCUCUGGAAGAUUACUCCCUGCACAUCAUUGAUCUGCACACAGGGAGCCUCUGCGAUACACGAUCAUUCAAGUGUGACAAGAUCAUUCUCUCGCACAACCAAGGGCUUUACCUGUAUAAGAACAUCCUGGCCGUUCUCUCUGUGCAGCAUCAGACCAUCCACGUGUUUCAGGUCACACCCGAGGGGACCUUCAUUGAUGUUCGCACCAUCGGGCGGUUCUGCUAUGAAGAUGACCUCCUCACCAUCUCCGCGGUGUACCCUGAGGUGCAGGGCGACGCGCAGAAUGCCACCUCGCGGCCCUUCAAGGAGAAGACGCUGAACUCGCUGAAGCACCGGCUGCUAGUGUACCUAUGGCAGAGAGCGGAGCACGACGGCAGCGCCGCGGCCAAGCGCCGCUUCUUCCAGUACUUCGAUCAGCUGCAGCAGCUGCGCAUGUGGAAGAUGCAGCUUCUGGAUGAGAACCAUCUCCUGAUCAAGUACACAAGCGAGGACGUGGUGACACUCCGGGUCACGGACCCUUCUCAGCCGUCGUUCUUUGUUGUUUAUAACAUGGUUACCACUCGGGUCCUGGCUGUGUUUGAGAAUACUUGCGACGAGCUUUUACAACUGUUUGAGAAUUUCUGUGACCUCUAUCGAAAUGCCACCCUGCACAGUGAAGCAGUCCAGUUUCCCUGCUCUGCAUCCAGCAAUAACUUUGCCAGGCAGAUCCAGCGAAGGUUUAAAGACACUAUUGUGAAUGCCAAAUACGGGGGUCACACUGAGGCAGUGAGGCGACUGCUUGGGCAGCUCCCCAUCAGUGCACAGUCGUACAGCAGCAGCCCAUACCUUGAUCUCUCCCUCUUUAGCUACGAUGACAAGUGGGUCUCAGUAAUGGAGCGGCCAAAGACUUGCGGGGAUCACCCCAUCAGAUUUUAUGCUCGGGACUCGGGCCUACUGAAGUUCAAAAUCCAAGCAGGGCUGCUAGGUCGGCCUGUUAAUCACACGGUGCGGCGCCUCGUGGCUUUCACCUUUCAUCCUUUCGAACCAUUUGCCAUUUCAGUACAGAGGACCAAUGCGGAGUACGUGGUCAGUUUUCACAUGCGUCACACGUGCGUGUGAAGAUGGUGUUGGGCCCACAUCAUUAGGGUGUGUCAGGAGGAGAUCUAAACGAGAGUCUGGAACCACCAAAGGUAGAACUUGGAAGAAGCGUAGUGGAAGGCAACAACCUUAGAUUCAGUAUUCUAACUCGUCUUUCACACCCAAUCCGCUGAGCGGCCAGGAAAGUGGAUGACCAAGUCAGUGGAAAAGGUAAACCUCUUGACAGUGGCAUCUCUGGAGCGCUGGUCCCCGAUAUUGUGCAACUAUCAUUUAUUUUCAGUUCAUUGCUCAAAUGACGGCAGACCCGGCAAUCGAACAGUUCACUACCAGCUUGGGAUAGACACGAAAUGCUGGAGUAACACAGCGGGACAGGCAGCCUCUCUGAAGAGCAGGAAUGGGUGACGUUUCAGGUGGAGACCCUUCUUCUCGACCCGAAACAUCACCCAUUCCUUCUCUCCAGAGAGGUUGCCUGUCCCGCUGAGUUACUCCAGCAUUUUGUGUCUCUCUUCGGUUUAAACCAGCAUCUACAGUUCCUCCCUACACACUACCAGCUUGGGAAUCGAUGGAGUCGGUGCAAUAAAACGUGGUUCAUUGUUUUACCAUUUGGCGGAAGUGAAGUCCCAUUUUAAACUGGGAACCAAGGAUGGAUGAGUCUUACUGUGGACAGGGUGGUGAGAAUCUGGAAUUGCUAAUAUUAUUAAUAAUAAAAUCAGAAAUUGAUGGAAGUAUGUAGCAGUUCAAAAGCCUGGGGAAUACAGAAAAUGGUAUUAAAGCCUUCCUCUGGAAGCUUGGAGUAAUUAGGUGGAUUCUCUCCAAAAUAUUGACCUGUUUUGUUUUCUGUAGCUGUAGGUUUAUUUGUGUUCCUGUGAAAUGACCUUUUUUAAAUUGAAACUGGAUAUAAUGUACCAGCUCUGUCCAAUUGAAGGUCCUGUUGCCUAGAAAUGUAUUGUUGGUUGCGAUUGCUAAAUAGCAUCUCUGGCCGUAUCUCAGUCUUGUACUCUGCUCCGACUGAGGUUGGUCUUAUGACUGGCGAGGAAUUUCUGGGCAUCAGUUUUCUUUUAAUUUCACCAGUGUUGUGAAUUUAUUGUACCACAUUUAAUUUCACAUGGAAGUGUUCUGCUACCAUGGAACCAGGUUUGCAUUCCCCUCCUGUAUGCAAGAAUUAUUGUAUGAUGAAUUUCUAAUUUUACAAAUGACUUUCAACUCGUUUUCAUCUGAAUGCUACAUUUUAUAAACACCUUUAUACUUAAGGACAUCACAUUGGUCAAUAAAAUUUUUGCAGAAUGGU